AUGGAUCAUUUAAAUCAUGCUCAACUUCAACAAGGAUGUAGCAGCUUUAUAGAAGAUGAGUGCGCAGAAUCGAAUGAUGAUGACAAAAAAGAAGAAGACGAUGAUGAUGAUGAUCACGAAAGCGACGAAACGUCUACAAAACGAAAAUCAACAAAUGUCAUGAGAAAUAAUGAAAAUUGCCUGCCUUAUGCUCUGAAUCAGUGUUUGAUGUACAAGCAAUACACACUAUGUCGAGACUUGAAGAAUAGAAAACAGUACAAUGAUUCUUUAAUGAAGAACGACAAUGAGAGAUUAUACAAAACAGUUCAUGAUGGAGUGAAAAGACUGGAAGAGCUAGCGGGCAUGAAGAAGACUACAAAUUUCAACUGUUCGGCAGUACCAAGUUAUGGUUUUCAUGGAGAGCUCCUACACUGUCGACGAAGUCAUCAACGACGUCGAUACAGAAGGAGGAUGCUUGUACCGAUGACACAUCAUCAAUUUUCUUACUUCUUGUUAGUUUUUUGUUAG